GACAACUCCAACCAACCUUGCAUUUAAUGAGACCACCACUCCUGCACUAAAAGACUUGAAAACUUCACAUCCCUGAGAAAAUUAAAAUCACAAUUAAAAUAAAAGAAAAUCAAUAGAAUUGUGCUGGUAGAGCAAGAUUGGUAGUUCAAUUGAGAUGGAUAUUGGUGGGGAAGUUAGAGAGACCGGGAGAGAGUUGAGGAAAUACUUCAACACUGGAAGAACAAGAAGUGUAACGUGGAGGAAAACCCAGCUCACAGCUCUCUUAGACCUUAUUCAUGACAAUGAAGAUGCUAUUUUUAAGGCUCUUCACCAUGAUCUUGGGAAGCACCCUGCUGAGGCUUACCGCGAUGAGAUUGGAGGGGUAGAAAAAUCAGCCACCAACACUUUGAGCUGCGUUGAAAAAUGGAUGGCCCCUAAAAAGAGUCAUAUUCCCCUGCUUUUCUUCCCAGCAAAAGGAGAAGUGAUGUCAGAGCCGCUUGGUGUGGUUCUCAUAUUUUCUUCUUGGAAUUUCCCAAUCAUGUUAGCAUUGGAUCCAUUAAUUGGGGCAAUAUCUGCUGGAAAUGCUGUAGUCAUAAAACCUUCAGAGCAAGCUCCAGCGUGCUCUUCUUUUCUUGCUAAUACCAUUCCUCAAUACUUGGACUUUCAUGCCAUCAAGGUGAUUGAGGGCGGAGCAGAUGUUUGCGAACAACUACUGCAAGCGAAAUGGGACAAAAUAUUCUUCACUGGAAGUCCACGUGUGGCAAGCUUAGUCAUGUCUGCUGCUGCUAAGAAUUUAACUCCUGUUACUCUAGAACUUGGUGGAAAAUGCCCUGCCAUACUUGAUUCCCUUCCCAAUCCUUCAGACUUUAAGUUCGCAGCCAAAAGAAUUGUAGGAGGAAAGUGGGGACCUUGCAGUGGACAGGCUUGUAUAGGAAUAGACUAUUUGCUUGUUGAGGAAAAGUUCUCAUCGGCUCUGAUAGAACUAUUAAAGAAGAUAAUCAGAAGAUUUUAUGGUGAAAACCCAAUAGAGUCAAAGGUAAUUUCAAGAAUAAUAAACAAGCAACACUUUGAGAGAUUAUGCAAUCUUCUCAAAGAUCCUCUUGUCGUGGCUUCCAUUGUUCAUGGUGGUUCAAUCGAUGAAGAAAACCUCUUCAUUGAGCCUACAAUCUUGUUAGAUCCUCCACUAGACUCUAAGAUAAUGACGGAAGAAAUCUUUGGCCCACUGCUUCCAAUAAUCACAAUAAAUAAAAUUAAGGAUAGUGUUGAAUUUAUCAAUUCAAGGCCAAAACCUCUUGCCAUUUAUGCCUUCACCAAAGAUGAAACUUUCAAGAGCAAGAUUCUAUCAGAAACAUCCUCAGGAAGUGUCAUAUUUAACGACACAUUGGUUCAAUUUCUAUGUGAUACACUACCAUUUGGAGGGGUUGGCCAGAGUGGUUUUGGAAGGUACCAUGGAAAGUACUCUUUUGACACUUUCAGUCAUGAAAAAGCUGUAUUGCAUAGAAACCUAUGCCUUGAAAUUGAGCCAAGGUACCCUCCUUGGAGUAAGUUCAAGCAAGACUUCCUCAGAUUGGCAUACAGGCUGAACUACUUUGCACUAAUACUUCACAUUCUGGCCUUCAAACUGGGCUUGAAAAGAGACAACUAGAUCAAUGUCAAUACUUCACCACUGUGCUCUUCUAUUUCUCAAAUACAUGUUUGACUCAAAAUGCAUUAGGCUUUGUUGUGACUGAAUAUGAGUCAUGGGAAAUUAGGAACAAGGGUCCUAUUUGCAAAAGAAGCACAUGUAGUGAAUAUCAACUUGACAUUGUAAUAAGCAAGCAUUUGUAUCUCUUUAUUUUUCUUGCCAAUGAUUGGAUAUUUCUACAUAUUAUCUAACAAUGUCAAACGUUUUGAAUUUUAAUUUUUCUCAUUUCUCCU